AUGUUACUCCAGCCAGCGAUUGCAGCUCUGCAGUUGUUGGCUGGCUUCUGCUGCGCAGACCUCAGCUUGACAGGAGUUCUGUUCCUGAAGGCACCGGCUCUGCUGCUGCUGCUAAAGUUAGCUUUAGGAUUUAAGUGCCCGGUAUGCUCAAAAUUUGUACCCUCAGAUGAAAUGGAUUUGCAUCUUGUGAUGUGUUUAACAAAGCCAAGAAUAACCUAUAAUGAGGAUGUGCUGAGUAAAGAUGCUGGGGAAUGUGCAAUAUGCCUUGAAGAAUUGCAGCAGGGAGACACCAUAGCACGACUGCCUUGCCUGUGUGUAUAUCAUAAAGGCUGCAUAGAUGAAUGGUUUGAAGUAAAUAGAUCUUGUCCAGAGCACCCUUCAGAUUAAGCAUCUGAUUCCUGUGUCAUGGGUUUUCUUGUCUUUUCAAGAUGCUUGAGAAAUCUGGAAGAUUUGAAGAUCUGUCUCUGG